AUGUGUGGUGGGUUCAUCACUGACACCAUGUGUGGGGGGUUCAGCACUGACACCAUGUGUGGUGGGUUCAGCACUGACACCAUGUGUGGCGGGUUCAGCGCUUACACCAUGUGUGGUGGGUUCAGUGCUGACACCAUGUGUGGUGGGUUCAGGCUGACACCAUGUGUAUUGGGUUCAGCGCUGACACCAUGUGUGGUGGGUUUAGCACUGACACCAUGUGUGGCUGACACCAUGUGUAUUGGGUUCAGCGCUGACACCAUGUGUGGUGGGUUCAGGCUGACACCAUGUGUGGUGGGUUCAGCGCUGACACCAUGUGUGGUUGACACCAUGUGUGGUGGGUUCAGCACUGACACCAUGUGUGGUGGGUUCAGACUCACACCAUGUGUGGUGGGUUCAGCGCUGACACCAUGUGUGGUGGGUUCAGCGCUGACACCAUGUGUGGUGGGUUCAACACUCACACCAUAUGUGGUGGAUUCAGCACUGACACCAUGUGUGGUGGGUUCAGACUCACACCAUGUGUGGUGGGUUCAGACUCACACCAUGUGUGGUGGGUUCAGCGCUGACACCAUGUGUGGUGGGUUCAGCGCUGAUACCAUGUGUGGUGGGUUCAGCGCUGACACCAUGUGUGGUGGGUUCAGGCUGACACCAUGUGUGGUGGGUUCAGCGCUGACACCAUGUGUGACUCACACCAUGGUUCAGACUCACACCAUGUGUGGUGGGUUCAGCACUGACACCAUGUGUGGUGGGUUCAGACUCACACCAUGUGUGGCUGACACCAUGUGUGGUGGGUUCAGGCUGACACCAUGUGUGGUGGGUUCAGCGCUGACACCAUGUGUGGUGGGUUCAGCACUGACACCAUGUGUGGUGGGUUCAGCACUGACACCAUGUGUGGUGGGUUCAGCACUGAUACCAUGUGUGGUGGGUUCAGACUCACACCAUGGUUCAGACUCACACCAGGUUCAGACUCACACCAUGUGUGGUGGGUUCAGCACUGACACCAUGUGUGGUGGGUUCAGGCUGACACCAUGUGUGGCUGACACCAUGUGUGGUGGGUUCAGCGCUGACACCAUGUGUGGUGGGUUCAGCACUGACACCAUGUGUGGUGGGUUCAGCACUGACACCAUGUGUGGUGGGUUCAGCACUGAUACCAUGUGUGGUGGGUUCAGACUCACACCAUGGUUCAGACUCACACCAGGUUCAGACUCACACCAUGUGUGGUGGGUUCAGACUCACACCAUGUGUGGUGGGUUCAGGCUGACACCAUGUGUGACUCACACCAUGUGUGGUGGGUUCAGACUCACACCAUGUGUGGUGGCUUCAGCACUGACACCAUGUGUGGUGGGUUCAGACUCACACCAUGUGUGGUGGGUUCAGGCUGACACCAUGUGUGGUGGGUUCAGGCUGACACCAUGUGUGGUGGGUUCAGGCUGA